GCGGAGGUAUCAUGGAGGAUCAGUAGAGACUCAGUCCGUUAGAGGAGAGCCGCUCCGAGCACCGAGCACCGGGACCGUUACCGAGCACACGAAGCACCGACACCGGCACCAUGGACAUGAAGAAGAGGAUCAGUCUGGAGCUGCGGAGCCGGAACCCGGCGGAGAUAGCGGAGCUGGUGGUGGACAACAGCCGCUCUGCGGACGGGGAGGUGGAGGGACUCUCGGAGGACUUCAAGGAGCUGGAGUUCCUCAGCAUGGUCAACGUGGGGCUCGGCUCUUUGGCUAAACUGCCGUCGCUGCCCAAACUACGGAAGCUGGAGUUGAGCGACAACAUGUCUGGUUCUUUGGAAACUUUGUCAGAAAAAUGUCCAAACCUGACGUAUCUGAACCUGAGUGGGAACAAGAUCAAAGAGCUGAGCAACGUGGAGGCCCUGCAAAACCUGAAGAGUCUCCAGAGUCUGGACCUGUUUAACUGUGAGAUCACGUCUCUGGAGGACUACAGGGACAGCGUCUUCGAGCUGCUGCCUCAGGUCACCUACCUGGACGGCUUCGACCAGGAGGACAACGAGGCUCCGGACUCAGAGGCCGAGGACGAAGACGAGGACGGGGAGGACGGGGCGGGGCCGACUGGAGACUACGAGGACGAGGAGGAUGAAGAAGAGGACGAGGACGGCUCAGAGGGAGGAGAGGUGGGGCUGAGCUUUCAGGCGACCAGGGGAGAUCAGGAGGAUGAGGAAGACUUUGCAGAGGAAGAGGAGGAAGAAGAGGGCCAACCCGGCGUCCAGGGACAGAAGAGGAAGAGGGACGUGGACGAUGAAGGCGAGGAAGACGAUGAUGAUGACGAAGACGACUAGUCCUUCGAUCAGCUCGUCGUCUGUGUGUCGUCCUGUUUGUCUCCGUCUCCGUCUCCGUCUCCGUCUCCAGACCUCCACCAGACAACAAUCACCGUAACCACGGCAACAACAUCAGCAGCACCAGGACACUGAUCUGAAUUUUAACCCUUUCAGUUUGUUUUUAGAUAAAAUAUAAAUAUGUGAUCAGAAGUUUCCCUGAUGGUUCUCAGCUGAAGGUGUGAACCGGCUCCUUGUUAAAGAACAGGUGUGAAAACCAAAACCCACGUGGUCUCAUGGGACGACUACUUUAUUUUAUACCAGUGGGGGGGGGGGGGUCCAGUCCAGACUACAAGAUGUGUUCCAUCAGGUGACCUCAGUUCCCAAAUGGCAGUUUGUCCUGUACACUUUCAAGAUGCAGAUGUUUUGUAGUGAAUCAGUGUCACUGGGACGUGGAGCAGCCACCUGGUGUCCAGAUGUUUCCCAGCAGCUGUCGAGCGACCUCGACUGUGGAUAUUUUGACGGACAUUCGAUUGUCACUGUGCAGCAGGAACACCACACUGCCCCCUAUGGUUCAUGUACAUAUUGCAUCUUCAGUACAGAUGGCGUUGAAGGACCUGAUCAUACAAACACCUCGUUAUAAAGAAGUUCAUCCUUAAGAUCAGGUCAGUGGUGGAUCUAGUGUCCCCAUGAAGACACCUUGUAGUCUGAACUGGACUUGUUCUGAACAUCUGAGCUGAUCCAAACAUCAGGUUCACCUCCAGGAAACCCGACUUCUCGUAUCGGGACCUUCUUCUUCACAGGUUUUUACAGAUUCAUCUUCAUCACAUCGUUCUUCUGAGCCUCAGACCAACAUCUGAUCUCAUUCACCAAAAACUUGUUCAGGAUCAGAACUCUGUUCUUUCUGCAGCCUCUGACCGGAGCACGCCCCCUUCAGGAGCUCCCGUGUCUUACACCCAAUCAAAGACGUCUCAGCGUGUUGGACGGUUCAGGAUCUUCAUCACGUCACGAUUCAGUCCCAUAAAGUCCCCGACGUGGACGAGUCCCACGACUCUGUCCUCCAACCGCCGCUCAGGUCCACAGAGCUCGUAGGAUUAAUAUUCCCAGUGUGUGUUUGAUUUAUUGUGGGGACUCUUCAGGGAAGGCUAGGGGGCGGGCGGGUGAAGUUGUAGUUUGGGUGUGUUUGUUUUGAAGUUAACAGCAUAUUGUUUGUUGUCCCCGUCAGCAGCUGUUGAUGUUUUUAGUUUGAAGUAAAACCGAGCGUCUCGUUCUCAAACAGCCCGCCCCCCCGCGUGUUCAGACCGCUGGCGUCACACUUCAGGCUCCGCCUCCUAAACACAACUCCCCCUUUAAACCUGAUGGAACGGUGCGUUCAGGUGUCUCUGAGUCGUCACGCGAUGUUGCCUUCACUGGCACCUGCUCAGCUUCUGACUCUAAGACCCGGUCACCUGUCACAGUGGAUUAUGGGAUGUUGAGGACGAAAGACUGCUGACUUCAGCUGGUCUCAGGGGGCGGAGCUUGGACGUGACACACCUGUUGUGUAUUUUUAACUUUCUCCUGCUUCGGUCGACAGAAACAAACGAAGCUGCUCCGACUUUUAUCUAAACUGCUGUAAACUUUUAGCUUUUCUCUCAUUUUGCAAUUUUGAAAAUGAAAUUGUUUCAAAACAUCCACGUGUCUGGUCUCAGAUUCUGAUUCGUCGUCUGGUUCUCUGUGGAAACAAAUAUGAAAAUAUGAGUAUUAGAUUGAACUUUAUUGUUUCUAUAAGCUUCAUAUCAGCCACUAAAUGAACCGAGUUUGAUUUCGUAUCUUUGCGUUUUUAAUUCAAUCAAAUCUUUUAAAUUUGAUUUUAAUGCACAAACAACUACAGAUUUAUUUUUGAAGAAAAACGAUGACCACUCGGUCUGUGACAUGAAAGUCACUCCACUGUUUAUUUCUCGGUCUAAAAUUCUAAACUUUCAAAGUCACUAAAUCAUGUUUAAUGUUAAUUGAUUAUUUAAAAUAGUAAUCAGCUUCAAAAUCAAAUACAAAUGUGGAAUUUAGUUUGACUCAUUUGCUCCUUGGUGGGAACAAACCAGUGUUGGAAUGAGUCUGUGCUUUGCACCAGUGACCCCCUGUGGUCAGCCGUCAAACUGCUCCCCUUCAAUAACAUCAUGAGUCAGACAAACGUGAACGUGAGGAUGUGUAACCGUGUUGUUUUGAACAGUGUAGAUGUCGAGGGACACGUGUCAGAUCUGCUGACGUCAGGUUAUAACUGGUUUUAGGCAAUAUUGUAAAUACACUCAGUUUCAGGUUUGUUUUUAUUUUGUUAAAGAUUAAAUGGUUUUAAGGGUGUUUUUGUUUCUGCAGCGAGGUGAUAGUUGAACCUUUGACCUUUGACCCCAGCACGCUCCUCUGUUAGCGUCCUCCUUCGUCCGUCUGUGGGGAAACUGUGUUUGACUUGUGUGAUGUAACAAACUGUACUGAGGGGUUUUCAAUAAAAUACAUAAAAGAAAA